UUCCUCCAGGAAUUUCUCCAGGAAUUCCACCAGGAACUCUACCAGAAAUUCCUCCAAGAAUUCCACCAGUAAUUCAUCUAGGAGUUCCACAAGGAAUUCCUCUACGAGUUCUACCAGGAGUUCCACCAAAAAUUUCUCCGGGAACUUCACCAGGAGUUUCCUCCAAGAAUUUCGCCAGAAAUUUCUCCAGGAAUUCCACCAGGUAUUCCUCCAGGUAUUCCUCCAUGAAUUCCUCCAGGAAUUCCUCCAAGAAUUCCACCAGGAACUCCUACCAGGAAUUCCAUCAGGAAUUCCUCCAGGUGUUCCUCCAGGAAUUCCACCAGGAAUUGCACCAUGAAUUCCUCUAAAAAUUUCACCAGGAAUUUCACCAGGAGUUUCACCAGGAAUUUCUCCAGGAAUUCCACCAGGAAUUUCUCCAGAAAUUCCAUCAGGAAUUCCUCUAGAAAAUCCACCAGGAUUUCCACCAGGAAUUCCACCAUGAAUUCCACCAUGAAUUCCACCAUGAAUUCCACCAUGAAUUCCUCUAGGAAUUCCACCAGGAAUUUCUCCAGGAGUUACAUCAGGAAUUCAUCCAGGAAUUGCACCAGGAUGCAUUCCAUUAAGAAUUCCUCCAGGAAUUCCAUCAGGAACUCUACUAGGAAUUUCAACAGAAAUUCUUCCAGGAAUUCCUCCAGGAAUUCCUCCAGGAAUUCCACCAGGAAUUUCUCCAGGAAUUGCACCAGGAAUUCCACCAGGAAUUCUUCCUGGAAAUCCACUAGGAAUUCCACCGUGAAUCUCACCAGGAAUUCGAUCAGGAACUCCACCAGAAUAUCCUCCAGGAAUUCCACUAGGAAUUUCUCCAGGAAUUGCACCAGGAAUUCCACUACGAAUUCCACCAAGAAUUUCUCCAGGAGUUCCAUCAGGAACUCCACCAGAAAAUACUCCAGGAUUUCCACCAGGAAGUCCUCCAAGAAUUCCACCAGGAAUUCCUCCAGGAAUUCCCCCAGGAAAUCCUCCAGGUACUCCUCCAGGAAUUCCACCAGAAAUUACUGCAGAAAUUGCCCUAGGAAUUCCACCAAGAAUUACACCAGGAAUUCCUCCAGGAAUGUCAUCAGGAAUUCCAUCGGGAAUUUCUCUAGGAACUUCCCGAAGAAUUGCCAUAAGGAUUUCUUCUGGAAUUUUCACAAAAGAUUUUCUGGUAGUUCACAAAAGAUUCGAUCAGGAUUUGUUCCAGGAAUUCGUCCAGGUAUUCCACGAAGAAUACAUUGUGUAUUGAACCUUCCGAAACUCAAGCGGUUUGCAACCACCGCCAGCAAACGAUUGGCUGAAUGCAAAAAGCGAGAUUUUUGCAACUUGUUGUACAAAAUACAACAGCAUGAUCGCUCGAGGGUUAAUCAGGAAUGUAGUUAUCAGGAUUUCCAUCAGGAACUCCUCAAGAAAUUAUGAAUAAGGAAAUUCACCAGGAAUGAUUCAAGGAGUUCCAUCCAUCCAAGAAUUCCAAACCACGAAUCGAUACAUGAUUUUUUUUUUCCGAAACUCGCCCACGAAUGCCAUUAGAAAUUCUCCAGUAAAUUUCACUGCGAGUUACUCCAAUAAUCUGUCUUGAAAUUUCUUCAGAUAUUUUACUAAGAAUUUCACCUUUUAAAUUCGUAUGCGAUCGAUUUGCGAUGCACAGAGAAGGAAUCCUUAAACAUGUUAACAAUGGGGAAUAAGUCCAGUGAGACUUCUGUUUGUCUGUUUGUUGACUAAAACUCUGUGUACUCCUUGAAGAAAACUAACAUUCUCUAGACGAAACAUUCGAAUGAAGGUCUGUCAUCGUUUGCUUGAUGAAUUUUCCAAGAAGUUGUUUUUCCUACGAGUGAAGUGCACCGGUCAACGCUGGACAUUUAUAAGAACAUUUCUCCUUUGCCAAUUACCUCUCUCUUCUUCAACAUAGUAGGGAACAUUCAAACUUUGCUCUUGGAAUUUCCCAACUUGCUCCUUGAAGAACCAGUAUCGUGAUGGAUGUACACAAUGAACACAGACAUCCUCGGAAAGCAAAACUUUUCCAAUAUAUUUCCCGGUAGUAUUUAACGUACGCUUUUCGUUUCCACAGCAUCAUCAGCCCAAUAAUAAUAAUCCACACAAUCAAUAAAUUCAUCGUGCUGGAAUCGACAUAUUGCUAAGACGACGACGGACGGACCGAUAACGAUGGCACGUGUGGGUGGGGGACCGGUGGGUGGGUCUCCAAAUCUCCUUCCGAGAAAUGUUCGCAUAUCGUUUUGCCGUUGGCUGGUUCUCCUCCAUUCACCACUUCAGGAAGUUUACCUUUCAUCAGCGGAAUGCAUGCAAAUGUUUAUCACAAACCGAAUGUCGUACGCUCAGAAGGAUAUGGAUCGGAUAAGCGAUUUCCUGCAGUGGUUUGUUCGGAUUUGUACAAUAAACUCCGGUCUGGUUGUUGUGGUGUGGAUUUGGAAGCAGGAGGACACGUGGGAAAUACAGGGGAUACUCAAAAUAACUGGGACAGGUAAAAUUUUCGCUUUUAAAAAAAAUGUUCAACUAGCUGUAACUUUUCGAAAAGGGCAUCGAACAUUCUCAAAUUUUUUCCUGUGAGUUCAUCAACUAGUUAUGUAUCAGUGAUCCAAUUUUGGAAAAGAUCUAUAUGAAGUUAGAAAGAUUCUAGAAAAAGGAAUAAUAAUCCGAUAGCCAACUUUGAGCUAUUAUAUCUCCGGAUUCAACCAACCGAAUGCAAUAAAAUUUUGAUCAUUUAUGACUAAUAUAAUGAGCUAUCAAAAACUUUUGACUUAAAAAUCUUUACAUAGAAGAAAAUUGAAACGAUUAGAUUUUUUUUCUAAUAUAACACCAGCUCCCGUCAUCGCCGUCGUCGCACAUUUGUAGGUGCAAAGGAGUUCCUGGUCUGCAGUCCAAAUCGUGCUACUUUUCGGCACCUUUACAUCAGUACAGAAAAGUAGGCCGUUUCAUCAUACUUUCACCAACUGAAAAGUAUGACUUUUCAUAACGUAAUUGCAAAAAAUAACUUGUGUGAUUUGAAAGAAGGAAAUCACAUCUAUAAAUACACUGGAACCACAAUUUAUGCAAUCGCCGGCUUUUCGGGCCCGUAUGAAGUUGAUCACCAAUAUUAACUUCUUUUCCCGAUCAGCCUAGAUAGCUGUGUAGUGUCGGUAGCGGUUGGUUCAACUGGCUAAGAUAGCACUACGGACCGCCUGUUUCAGUGGUAGGAGUCCACUAAUCAGGUGACCCCUAAUUCAAGUUGUUAUGCGGCUUUACGCUUACCGUGCCUAGGAAUGAAUGGUUUGGGGGGUCUUAUAAAAACCUAAUCGCAAACGGAGCCUGUGGAGUACCAGGGCACCCUCCACACCCCCGAAGGCGAAGAUAACAAAACGGCCGAGAAUAGGUAAUUUCCCCUAUAUUCCCAAAUCCUGGCGGGAUAUUACUGUGAAGUUUAUUCCGAAAGUGAGUCGCGCGUCGUAUGAAGAAGCGAAGAGCUUCAGACCUAUCAGUUUGACCUCUUUUCUUCUGAAAUGCUUAGAACGCAUAGUCGAUCAUCACAUCAGUGAUGUUCAUCUGGCCAAUGUGCCUCUUCAUGUGAAUCAACUUGCCUACCCAAGUAACAUUUUUAGUUUUCUCAUUGCCUACAAGCUGUUGUUACAAUCAACCCAUUAAAACUUGUUUUAAAGCAAAACGAUCCUAACACUUCUAAUAAACCCGUGAUAAAACCCUAUUAAACCUAAAAGGGCCCACCCUACAAGAGGUUGUUAAAACCAUUCCUUAAAACGUUAUAUAGGCCAGUUGGUUUUGUGACAUAUUCUUGUAGUAUACUAUACAGCAUAGAUAAGAUUUGUUUUCUUGUACGCAAUAAGAUCAACAUGCCGUUUUAUAGUUCUAAGAACACCUUAAAUGAACAAUUAAAACCAAUGACUUGAAAUGAAUCUGAAACUAAAAUGAAAACAUGACCUGGCAGUACAUUGUAAAUUAUUAAUAAUGCAAGAACGAAAAUUACAUCGGUCAUCCAUGUUAAUAAUAUUUAUAUGCCUAUUCCCACGGAGAAAAACUCUGUUGCUAUGACGAAAAAAUUCAUGCCAAGCAAGUUUGCCGGUAUAAUGUAAUACAUUGUCUCUAAAUAAGACGAAGCGCCACUUCAUUUUGAGAUUUUUGUCAUAUCAAAAAUAACAAUUUUAAUCCCCCUUGCAACACCAUGAAUUUAAAUCACAAUCCGAUCAUCAACAUGGCGCACCUACUUUGCAAGCAGGAAUUGAUUAUCGUGAUGGAAAAUAUGGAUGCCGUCAUGUUAAAUCCUCCUGGUUUUGUUUAUGAUUGUUUAAGAUAAGUUAGUGUAAAAGCAACAUGUUCUAGAGUUGCUGUUCUUUAUGAAUACGCUGCAAAACUAGCAUACACCUAUUUAUUCCUAACGCACAAGUAUAUGCGCUUCUUAAACACUGUUAGGUUUUAAGGAAAUGCGGUAUCAGAUAGAAUGCUCUUAAGAACUCUUCGCUUGGGCGAUAGCCGUAAAAACGUAAACAAACGAAAACCUUUUAUAUUUUUGUAAGAUUGUCAAUUGUGUUUUGUGUUUUUGAGAUUGUUUGAGUAUUCGGUAAGUAAUAUAUUAGUAAACAAUCAGGAUUUUUAUUUACUCCGGCUGCGGCUGUGAGUAAAAAAAGUCAUCAUUCGAGCACAGCUGUGACACCGGGCUUAGAACAUACGAUGGAAUCCCCAUCCAUCAGGUGCUUUGGAAACCCCGAUCACAAUCGGACUCUAGAGAAAGAAGCUUAGUGUGGUGAUGGGAAAUUAAACCCAUCCGAGGAUUUUCCAUUGACGUUUGCCUCAAUAAGAACGAAAAGUAAUUAUCCUUGGUUAAUAAUCCUUUCGUUUAUGUAGCUCAUUGAAACUAUUGAUCAAAAGAGAUCGUAUUUCAGUAUCAUUCUCAAGCUUGCUUUAAUGCUCCCAUUGUUGUAUCAGGGUCAAGAUUGCUUUAUUACGAAUUUAGGUAGUUUAUCUGGUUUUAAGAGCGAUAUGAUAUAACAUGCAUGCGGCUAUGAAAAAAGUUUUAGGUUCAAGUUUUAAUACUUACUUAACAGUUCGUUUACAACUUUAUUUUUGCUUGGCAAAAAGGCAAACAUAUAAGUUUAUUCGAUGGACUUCUAGGUAUCUACACACUGUUUUAAAGUUGCUUAUGUUGUUAAUGCUGCUUUGCAACAUAAACAUCUUCAGUAAACCUGAAAAGGCUUUAAAAUUCCAUGACAAAACCUCAAUAAAUAAUAUCUAAGAGCAGAAGGCAUAGAAAUUGUUACUUGGGUACCAAUCUGGAAAGUCCACUGUGACUCUUUUACACAAAGUUGAUAUCGAGAAGGCAUUCGCUGAAAAGCAAUCUUGUUUGGGUGUUUUCUUAGAUAUCGAGGGUGCCUUUGAUAAUGUGCCUUUCGAUGUCAUAUUGGAAGCCGCACGGAGUCAUGGUGUAUCUCCAAUGAUUUCCAAUUGGAUUCAACAAAUGCUCAAAAAUUGAUAUCUCUUCUCGACAUUGCGUCUAGCAAGGAUUAAGAAAUAGGGUGUUUGUGGAUACCCCCAAGGGGGAGUCUUAUCAUCACUUUUGUGGAAUCUCGUAGCAGAUACGCUAUUGAGGCAACUCAUUAAUAGCGGUUUUCCUACUUAUGGUUUUGCCGACGACUACCUAGCAGUUGGUAUGUGUAUCACCACCCUUUUCGACCUGAUGCAAAGUGCCGUUCAGGUAGUUGAGGGUUGGUGUCGCCAAUAUGGCCUUUCGGUUAAUCCGAGUAAAACAUCUAUUGUUCUUUUUACGGAAAGGCGAAACCGUAAUGGCGUUCGACCUUUGCGUCUCUUUGAUUCUGAAAUCGAUGUGACUGAACAGGUAAAGUACGUUGGAGUCAUUCUUGAUUCCAAGCUUUCCUGGACACCUCACAUUGAGAUCAGAAUCAAGAAAGCUUGUAUGGCCUUCGGGCAAUGCCGGCGAACCUUUGGUACAACUUGGGGUCUAAAACCCAAGUAUAUCAAAUGGGUCUACACAACUUUUGUUCGGCCAGUAUUGUCAUACGGAUGUCUAGUGUGGUGGCAAAAGAGCGAAAUGAGAACGUUCUAAUCAAAGUUAGGCCAUUUCCAAAGGAUAUGCUUAAUGGCAAUGUCUGGAGCGUUCUCUCAAACUCCCACGGCAGCUCUCGAAGUUCUCUUUGACGUUGCCCCAUUACACAUUUAUCUCAAACAAGAAGCACUUUCUUGCACUUACCACCCGAGCAGAAGAAAAUAUCAACAGCAUAAUAAAAUAUGUUAUUUUAGUCCAAUAUCUGUAUAAUGGAAUCAAUUAUUUUUAGGUUAUUAAUUUAUCUUAUUGUGUUAUAAACUUGUCUGUCAUAAGCGGCAAAAUUACAAAAAUCAUAACAAAAAAAAGGUCCUGGAAGACCAAUUUAAUAACAUGUUUUGUUAGAUUCAAUAACAACUUAAUAACAAUGAAUCUUGCAGUGAAUUUCAAAACUUGUUAUUGUUGUGUUAUAGUUCAUCACAUAUUUGCACAUUUUCAAAAGUAGAAAAAUAACAAAACUUGGUCUUCAACAAAGUAUGUUAUUAAAAUAUUAUUUAGUGGAUGAAUCUCAAUAACUCGAUCAUAACAAAAUGAGAUUACUUAACAAAACAUGUUAUAAAAAAGUAAUACUUCGAUAAGUUAAAAAUAACAAAUUAUGAUAUAAAACAGGCUAUGCGAUUCUGUUGUUAUGAAUUUGAUAUUCUCCUCUGCACGGGCAGUCUUAUUCACUUGGUAGACACUGCCGUUUUUCAGGCUGAAAUCUUUGCUCUUAUGUGCGGAGUGCAAUGAGCACUUCAGCAGCACGUAAUGGGCAAAGUAAUAUACUUCUGUUCAGAUAGCCAGGCUGCUAUUAAAGCACUUGCUUCGGCCAACUCCAGGUCGAAGAUAGUUAUCGCUUGUCGAACUCAAAUCGAUGAGCUGAAUUCAGCAAACGCUGUUCACCUUAUAUGGGUACCUGGCCAUUCUUCCAUCGCUGGAAAUGAAUUGGCUGAUGAGUUAGCUCGCACUGGAGCAUCACAUGACUUCAUUGGCCCUGAGCCAGCUAUUCCGAUAUCGAAGUGUUGGGUAAAGCUUCAGACUCACACCUGGGCUGCCACUCAACACGAACAAUACUAGAAUAGUUUGGAGUCAUGUCGUCAAACAAAAUUGUAUUGUACUGAGCUAUCUCUAGGGGUGGUAAAUUAUCUAACAAAUCUGUCAAAACAGAAUUGCAGCAUUCUGGUCAAAGCAUUGACUGGCUACUGCCGACUCAGCUAUCACAUGGCGAAUAUUCAGCAAGCUGAUUCAUUUGCCUGUGAUAGCUGUGAAUCCGAUUAUGGAACUUCGUAUCAUUCAAUAUGUAACUAUCCAGUUUUUGCGCAACUGCGUUUCCGAGUAUUCGGAGAACACUUAUUAAGUGAAACUGACUUCAGAAACCUGAAUCUUCAGGACGUUCUGCUGUUCUUGACCCGCUGUGGUAAAGAGCUAUAGGCUUUCUUUACGCUUAAGGCCUUUUCUUGUGUCAUCACAAAAUGGCUUCUUCAGAAUCAUCAUCCAAAUUCAACUUUACACAGUAUUGCACUAAUACAUUUACGUAAGAAAAUCGACGCUUACCUUUUCUCUAAAAUUCUCCACUUCACGCAAGAUAUUUUGAAAAGAAACAUAGAACACACUAUUCCAAUUGAAAUUCUCUUUCGAACUAUCUAUACCACAAAGAAAUAUUUUCACUCAAACUUGAAAAUUAUUCAAAUUUGUCUCAACCACACCAAGAGUUCGAUGGCAAUGUUUACCACCCACCACAGUACAACGAAAACGACAGCAGCGCGACGCGACGGUGCCGUCCGGCGCACAAUCAUCGAUCAUUGAACGCAGUGAUGUCGAUCUUGCGGGCCAAUGCAUCAAUAAAAUCAAUCAAAAUCAUUGAAAUGGUCAACUCAAAUUUAUCGAUUAUACGUCGUAAAAUCGAAAACUAUUCUUCGAAUGAUUAUUGUUGUACUUUGAAUCACAUAUGAUAGUAAUAAAAGCAAAUAAUUUUUAUUUGUGAAAUCUCCUCCGCACUGUCCGCCAACACUGCUGCUGCUUGCAAACAUCAACAGCGGAAGAGCAUACUAAGAGUAUUCGAUCAUUUUUAGCUUAUUACACAUAAAAUUCGAUGUUUUUCGUAAUAUUGAGACAUGUUCCAUUGUUAUUUAGCAAAACAGAGUAGUCUACUGCUUGAAUUGCUUUUAAAUGAUUCAUAAUCUUGAAAUGUUUACGUUGGUGAAAGCGAGACAAAGAGGUGCUGUUUUUGUUUGUUUGUUUAUAGAACAAAUGUAAAAAGGCAACACCACUACUGUUGCGCUCGAUGAUUGUUAGAAAUAAGAAUCGAAAAAGAAGUGCUGAAAUAGGAGUGAUACGGGGAGUCACCUUAAGUACGGUUCCUUUGAAUUCCACUAAGAAUUUGCAUCCUUUGACAGAUACGUAUUUCGACCUCAACUGUAAGGUCGUCUUCAGUGUCUUGUACUUGACUCGACUGAAGAGAUCCAUCGCAUUCUACACGUCUCAUACAUCAUAGGUAAAAAUAAUAGGUAGCUUAAUCUAGGUAGUUUUUUUUUUUUUUUUUUUUUUUUUUUUUUUUUUUUUUUUUUUUUUUUUUUUCCGAGCAUGCAAAAACUUAUAUCUAUAUUAACCUCCACCAUAGAAUAGGUAAAUUUUCCCUCCACCACAGAAUAGGUACAUUUCCCUCCAGCACAGGAUAGGUAAACAAAGUUCAUGUAUCACAGGUACAUUAUGAGACGCACGCCAUACGAGAGUGCUUAGGGGGUAAUAAUUUGAAAAGCCACGAACUUCCAUUGCCUUGAUCCUUAUUCAACAACGUGUUAGGUACCUGUUUGUAUAUUUCUAGACUCUCAGCAACGUCCAAUUUCCAAGGUGAAGUUACAUUUCGCAAAAUUUGAAUAUCCUCUGUAGUUACAGGGUGGCCCUCCUCAAAGACAUGUUCAGCAACUUUCGACCUGAAAUCGUAUUCCAAACCUCUAUUCACUGUCCUCUGCGCCUUUCCCACCUCCGCCAUAUGUUCCCUGAAUCUAACCUCCAAAGACCGUUUUGUUUGACCAACGUAGACCUUAUCACAAUGGGAGCAACUGAUUUUGUAAACGCCAGCCUUGUUUAGGGUGUUGACCGGAUCCUUUGUAGAACCUAAUGAAGUCUUCAACUGAUUGCUUCUGCUAGAAAAUACUAAAUCGAUUCCGAAAUUUCUGAACCUAGAACGUAAAUUAUUAGUGAUGUGUUGAUCGAAGGGGACUGAUACUCGCUUCAAAGAUUCUGAAAUAGGGGUAAGAGUUGUUAGGGAUCCUCGAUAUCGCAACCUCUCCUUUUUGUCAAUGAUGGCCUGAAUUGUCCUCUCCUUAUAUCCGUUGAUUUUCGCUGUUUCGAAUAUGUGAGUGAGUUCCUUAUUCUUUCCGUCAUCGCUUAGAGGUAGAGUCUGCAUUCGGUGAACCAUGUGGUGAAAAGCUGCCAUCUUAUGUUGGAAGGAGUGAUUCGACGAAUAGGGGAUGACACGCAUGGUAUUGGUAGGUUUCCUGUAAAUCUCGAAUUCUAACGACGAACUGUCUUCCCUCUUAACUAAUAGAUCCAAAAAUGGAAGUUUUCCCUCCUUUUCUUCCUCGUGAGUGAACCUGAUAUCCUUAUGUACAUUUUUUAUUAGUCAUUACUGUAAUCUGAAUCGACCAGGACAUCCGUACAGCUAUAAGUGGAAGGUUGGUAUUCAGAUCUAUAGUUGAGAACGGUACUUCGGCUGCACCGCCUAUGUCUACGGAAUGGUUAAAAUUUCGGUUCGAUUUAGUAAUCUAUAUGUCUAUAUGUACUUUUCACCCAACGUGUUGUUCAUGAUUUCUCUGGCACUGAUUUAUGGACUUCUUGCAGGGCAAUUACCAAAAGUUGUUUGUCGAGGACAAUCUUUUCUAGAUCUGGUAGAUUGUUGAAAAAUUCGUUCAUGUUCUACUGCAAGAUCAAUGUGAUUUGCCGGCAGCGGCCAGGAUGACAGUUUGGGAAGAAAUCUGGCGAGAUGUCUUUAGUCGCUAAAAGUGGUUAAUCCAGUUUUCCUGAUGAGACAAUUCUACUGUUGUCGAUGGAGCAGGAAGCUCCACAGGAAACAAGUUCAGGGUUGAGAUUUUGGCCUUUGACCAAAAAAUACAGGGUGGAUGGUAUAAUUGCUCACCUACUUGGCAUGGGGUAGAUACUUUACCCGGAUCAUCGGAAAUGCGUGAUGUACUCUCUUGAGCGUUAGGCGCCAACGAAACAUUGGGACGUUUUGUUUAUGUCCCCGCACAGAAAACUCCCGAGAAUCCUAGUUUUAUUGAAGCUGAGGCUCCAUACCGGGUUCGGUGGAGCUGGCACAGUUCGGCGGAGCUAACUUCUUGACCAAGUGGUGGUUGUAAAAAGCGACCAACUUUUAUCGAGGCAUGCCGACAACAGAGUCAAAUACAUUAUUUUUUCAAUUUAAGGUAAAAUUAUAUUUAGAUCUUUUAUCACGUAUUAAUACUCCAAUGAGUACGGGAAAGGAGAGACUCUUUGAUAGGUCUAUCUGUUUGAAAUAAACCGAGAUUUAUCGAAGAUACUUGCUCUUUAUUAAAACAAAAGCGGUCGAGAACUAUCCCAGAUAUGUUUUAGGAUGGAUUGUAACACCUUUACACGAAAGUAAACAUUGAGCGAAAAACUUUCACGCAGCGAUCGAAACUAAAACGGGGGUUCACUUUCAAUAUCACUAGAUCAACACUCAAAAUCAGGCUUGACAGAAACUUCCUCACGAGGAAAUGUGGAGGUGACCUAGGCAAUUUUCUGAGGAGUGAAAAAAACUCUAAAAUCAUAACGUAAAUCCUCAAUCCUCCUUAUAAAAUUGAAAACUAUUGGUAUCUUCCCAAAAAGAUGAAAAAAAAACUUUGAACUGUUGCAAAAGUUUACUCAGUUUACUAAUAAUUGUUUCUAUUAUUUUCUACUAUACCAGAGACCUCUCCUUCCUGAGCCACUUCCGCAAUCUCAACACUCUCAUCCUGGACAAAAACCCCCAA